AAAUUUCAGUUCAGUGGGUGCUCGUUUCCGAGCUCUCGGUCUGCGAAUCUGUCUCUGACAGCGGGACGUGACGUCACCGUGGCUCUUUUCCAAUCCAGCUGCCUAUUCAGUCAGAAGGAAGCGGAUUCUACCGGCGACAAAAAUGGUUAAAGUUAAAUGUUCGGAACUGAGGACGAAGGACAAGAAGGAGCUGACCAAGCAGCUCGAGGAGCUGAAGACCGAGCUGCUCAAUCUUCGAGUAGCUAAGGUCACCGGUGGAGCUCCCUCGAAGCUGUCAAAGAUCCGUGUGGUCCGCAAAGCCAUCGCCCGCGUCUACAUCGUUAUGAAUACCAAAACGAAGGAGAAUCUGCGAAAACUCUACAAGGGCAAGAAGUACGUCCCAUUGGAUCUGCGCCCAAAGAAGACCCGAGCCAUGCGGAAGGCCCUGUCUCCGAAGGACGCCGCCCGAUUGACCCUGAAGGAACAGAAGAAGCGAGCCAAGUUCCCCAAGCGAGUCUACGCCGUCAAGGCGUAAAUACUGCCAGGGGAGAGUUGUUUUUCCUUUAAUUAAAAUAAACAAAAAAUCGCUACCAAGUAAAGUCCGAUUUAUAUUCUGGGAGAACCGAGAAGAAAAAUACAAAACCAACUAUUCCAGGAGAA